ACUCCAACAACACGCACCACAAGAAGCAACACCCACGCCAUCAUCACCAGACGAGACGCACUCACAUCAGCAAACAGAAGCAAGCCGUUGUUUGGGCGUGUGAGGUGCUGACAAUCCCGACGGAGUGCGUUUACGACACACCCUCACUGACGAAACGAGCGCGCCACAGGCAGGAUGCACGGCGGGAGCAGCAGAAGAUGGGCACAAGGUGAAGAAGGUGAAGAGGACAACAACAUGGAGGACAGCGGCGCACCACACGGUGUGGUGAGCGCAAACACGCUGCUGCUGGACGUCGACGAUGACGACGACGACGAGUUCCACGAUGCUGCGGGGGACGAGCGCAGGCCCCUGCUUGGCAGCACGUUGGUUGACUUGGGAAGCACUGCCAGCUUGAAUCGGACAUCGCCGCCACACGAUAGCAACGGGACGCGCUCCAACGGGAGCGGUGGCGAGUAUCGCAUGCAGGACCUGCACGACAGCAACGCUGGCGAGGACAUCAUCGCCUUUGAUGAGCAGCCACGUCAGGCCCUGACAUCCCUGUCUGCGCGCAGCAGCAGCUUCACCUCCGAGGCCCGCUCCACGCCGAGCGAACACAAGAACGGACACGCCGCACACCACAACUACCCGACCAAGCAAAAGCAAUACUGGCACUUUUCCUCCUCAAACCACAGCCGAAACAGCGGCAGCAUCCACCAGGCCGCACGUGCAGAUGACGGCGGCGACCAGUACGUCCACCGCCUGCGCAGCGACACGAUUGCGGACGCGGAGCGGGAGCAGGAUGUGGUGAUAUCGCUGGAGCGCCUUGAGCAUGAGCUGGAGCACCUCCGAGCGCUGUGUGCGCCGCAAAAGGGCCCCGACGCCGAAUCAUCCGUCGAUCUCUCCUCCAAGCGCCGCCGCCGUAGGCGCUGGCUCAGCAAACGCGUCACACACCGCCUGCUCCUCAUGACCCUCAUCUGGCAGCUGUUGAACAUUGGCAUCUUGACGCUGCUUGACCGACGGAUUCCGCAGGAGAAGAUCCAGGACCAUUUUCUUGGGGAUCCGGCCGUGCUGGCUGGUGUCAUCAUCAUGGUUGUCUUCCAGACAAUCCACAUGACCAUCAUUGUCAUCGCAUCCAUCAAGCUCGGCAAACAAAUUCUCCACCACACAGCGUCCAACUCCUUCCUCGUGCAGUCGUACCUGUCCACCAUUGUGCUGUAUGCGGGCGUGUACACGCUCCUUUUCCGCAUCGACAAAAACACAUUCCAGGGCGUAGAAGAGAGCUUGGAAUCCGUGUCCUCCAAGGGAUUCAUUUUCCUCUGCUUCAUGAAAUUCGUCUACUUCUCUGUCGCCACCAUGACCAGCACAGGCUAUGGUGACAUUACGCCAAAGACGUGGUACAUGGACGCAAUCGUUAGCUCACAGAUGCUGAUCAGUAUCGUGUACACAACGAGUAUCUUUGCAAAGGGCCUCACCGUCAUCGCAGGGUCCAAGGCGCACUCGGCGCUGGUUGAGUUGACUGGAGCCGAGGGCAUGAAAUCGCGAGCGAACACGCUGCAGCCACGCGCCAUCAACAGCGGUCGUGGCGAUGGUGAUGGUGAUGGCGAUGGCGAUGAUAGCGCACGCGCGUCGCAGGCGUAGAGGGAUGGGAUCGGAGUCAUGUGGGGUGCGUGGUGAUGGUGAUAGGGUGAUGGGGUGAUGGGUUGUGUUGUACUGGCAAUGACUGAUGCUGUGGUCGGUGGCGGCGGUCGCAGCGAUUGUGGUGAUGGUGGUGGUGCAUGGCAAUGUCAACGAGCGCUGCUGAUAGCCAUCUCGCUUCGGAACUGAUUGUGAAGAGCACACACAAGUAUUGCCGGUGCAUGUUUUUGGUUGGUUGAUUGGUUGGUUUGAUCGAUGGAUCGAUGGGUCGAUGGAUGGAGUGUGGAAAAAGGACUUUAAUGAACACCCUAUUGUAACCAUGUGUUAAAUUUCAUUGCCCUUGUUGAUAUCCCCAUGUGGAUGUGAGACUUUGUUGCUUUGCUGUCGCUUUGUGGCCAUGGUCGUGUGUUUAGAUUGGCUGCUUUGUGUGGGCACGCAUGUGUGUAGUAUUCACACGUGUGCGUGUGUGCCCUCCCGUUUCCUUGCUUGUGCUUCUGCAUGAUUGUUGGCUAUGCAGUCUGACGUGUGUAUGGAAUAGACCUUUCAUCACUUUGUCGA